AUGGAUGAUUUUACACCUGUUAAACGACCUAAGCCUGGCGAUGGUGAGGAAGAACUCUUUCGGAUGCAGGAAGAGUUUGUUAAAUCUCGUCAAAAGCCAUCAGCAAAGGUUAUUAAUUUACGAGCUCAACAUAAAGAAGCAAUUGUGAAAUCAACAAAUGAAGACAAUAAACAAUCAGAUACUAAAUUCCGAUCAAAAUUUGCUGAAAUGAGAGCAUUAAAGACAGUAGAAAAAGCGGCUCAACUUCAAUCUAAUGAAAAUAUAAGUAGUGAGCAUUCUUCAAAAGAUGUUCCCAAUGCAUCUACAUCUAAGUUACUUGAUCCAAUUCGACAUGUACCUUUGGAUGCUUAUAAACCUUUAUUAGGGAAUAUAGUAGAGAAAAAAUGUAAAUCUAGUGAUCAAAAAUCACUUAAACACAUGGAUAAUUUUGAAAAUAAAACUGGAUUUCCAUCAGUUUUUAAAAUCGAUCAUAAAACAUCUGCUGGUAGUUCCAAUAGUUUAUUUUAUCAAACUAGUUUGAUCAAUAAAGAAUUAAACGAGGUUGUAGCAAGUAGUAGUGAUGAUAAAAUUAUUGAUAUUAAUCCAAGUGAUUCAAUACAAGAUUCUGUACGUUCAGAAAUUCAUAAAAGCAAUGUUGAAAAGCUAAAUAGUAUGACAAAAGAAGAGAUUUUGGAGGAAAAAAAACGAUUGGAAAGUACCUUGGACCCUAAAUUAUUAGAAUUUCUUCGAGCUAGAAAAAAACCUGCAAGCUCAGAAUAUAAAAUUAAAGUUGUAGAACCAAAAACCAUGAAGCCUGAUUCUAAAGAAGACGUUAAUAAAAUGGAAUGCGAGCCAAUACCUCAAGAGCCGCCAGCUCCUGUGACAGAAAUGGUUGAGCAAGCAUCAGAUAAAGGAUGGGUUCAUAUGGACAAGGUGGAAUCAGAAAAAUUGGAAUGGAUGAAAGAAAUAGAACCUAGUAAAGAUGGCGAAUCGACACCAGACGAGCCUUAUAAUGCACGUUUUGACUUUAAUGGUUUACUUUUACCUUUCAAAGACGAUGAAUUAUUGAAUAAAGGCUUGCACAAUCACGGUGACGAGCCUGAUCGUCCAGGUUAUACGCUUCAAGAGUUAUUACAGCUCAGUCGAUCUUCAACUCAACAGCAGCGUUGCACAGCACUGACUACUUUAGGUAAUAUUAUGGAAAAAAGCCGUAAAGGUUGGUACGACAAGGCAUUGAAUCCUCCACCUCUUGGUGCUUUAAGUCAAAGAAAUAUUAUUUUAUUAUUGAGGUUUUCAUUAGAUGAUAAAUCCGUUGCGGUUAUUACUGCAACUCUACAAGCGCUUAGAGCAUUUUUAUGUAGUGAAGCUGAUGAAGUUUGUAUGGAUAGACUCUGUGGAUGGGAAUAUCCUGACGGGAACUGUUUAGUUCCUGAAUUACCGGCACCUAAACACGAUGUUGAGGACAUAAGCACUCUGAAAGAUCAUCAGCUAGCACAACUAGACAGUAUUGCUGCUAUCAUGAGAUCAGAUAUUAUUUUACGUAUCAGAUAUAUAUUGAGUGAACUACAACCGCCUCCUAUAGGAGUAACAUCAGCUUUGGAAAUAUUAAUUCGUCUGGCUCGACAUUCACGCAUAACCGCUUUAAAUAUUGCUACGACUCCCCAAUUGUUGGAUACAAUUGUCAAAAAUUUCAUACCAUUGACUACUGAACGACUUGUAAAUUUUGAUACUGAAAAGGCUUAUGGAGUUCCUAAUGUCACAGCAAUUCGAUUGUGUCGAAUAUUGGUGGAGUAUGGUGGAAGACCCGUCGCAGAUCGUCUCAAUAAUUUAAAAAUAAUUCAUUCUUUUUUGUCGUACAGUAACAGUAAUGCAGGUGAAACGGGACUUCGGCUGGCGAUCGAAGCUUUACGUUUGUGGCGAUUAAUCUGUAGCAAUAACGUUGCUACAGACAGCAUUUCCGGAGCGAAAUUAAUAUUAGGUUCACAAUUGCAGCUUUUAUUAAGCAAUCAUGACCUGACAAGUGCCUCUGAACUGUCUUGCGAGUAUGCUACAGCACUUGUAGCUCUUUCUUCUCGUGAAGGAACUUUAAGACCUACUAUAUCUACACUAUUGACCAAAUGGAGUACGCAACUAGCUAAAGUUUCUUCAGCCACAUGGAGUACUACGAAGCUUGUUGCUGUGACGUUAACAUCACUUAAUGAUUUAUCGCCAUUGAAAACUGAAUGGACAAAUAAUUCAAAAAUUUUUAGUAACAUUUGCUCCAGUUCAAAUUUACUGAGUACUUGUGUGCCAGCUAGUGAAAGAGAUCCAUCAUCACUUCCGAGUUUAGGAGUCCUCACUCAGGAUGGUGAAGUCCAGCCAGCUGUAUCAUUAAACUGUUGUUUUCCGUUUUUGGCAACACUCUGUGAUGCAAUGAUAAAAUCAUCAAAGUUUCAUGACUUCGAAAAGAUUAUUCAAAACCCGGAUGUAAUUAAAUAUUUUCGACAAUUGGUGAACUACCAUUGGUCGCUAGAAUUUAGUUGGUACUCUCGAGCAGAAUUAUUUUUUAUUACGACUAUUGUUAGAGCUUGUGCAAAAUUUCCAACUAGUGAUUUGAUAAACGAAAUUAUUUGGAAAAUAGCUGUUAAAUUAAUAUCAACAUUACCAGCAGAUGCUUCUCGUGCCGUAAAUGAAGUUCUUGGCAUUGUUCUUUCUAAUGAAAGAUUAGCAAUCGAUCGACUUGCCGAAGAUUUAAAUGCAAUGAAAUUAAAUAGUGGGGGUGAAAAUAUUACCCUUAAAUUGCCAAAUAAUAUUUCUGAUAUUUACAAACAGUACAUUACAUCGAAAAACUGCUGGAACGAAGCUGCGAUGCCUCAAGAUUGGCCGUACAUGCCGCUAGUCGAUGCUUAUUCUAAUCACAAAAAUAAAAUCGGCUGGAAUGAGAAUGAUACAAUAAAAAUAACUGUUGUAUUAAGUUUGGAAUUAGCUAUGCGUGAAGUUUUCUACAGUUUAGCUCCGACAGUAAGAUUUUCACGGUUGGUUCUCGUUUACCUUUGUGAUACAGUUUAUUUAAAUGAUAAUGUAUCUUUUUUACUCAAACGAGCUACGUUUGAAUUAAUAAGUAAAUAUUACAAACGAUUCAAUUUUUCAAGCGACUUACCUGGUGUUGGCUCAUUCAAUGAUGUCUUCACAUCGAUAUGCGAGUGUUUUAUAGCUAAUUCUUAUGGUGAUGAAGGAUUCGCAGUCUGUUUAUUAGUACCAAUAGCUCAGCGACAUGAUGCACAUUAUAGAAAAUUAUUGUGGUCUGAACACGCUGGAGCUCUCAGAUACUUAAAAUUAUCCCCAGAAAAAUUAGCUUGUCCUGUUGAGGAAUAUCUAUAUCCACUUGAGCAAGACAUAUCAUUGAUAGAAUCAUAUUUGACAGCUUUAGUAAGAAAAACAAUAAAAAAAGAAUGGUGUCCUUUGAUGUACAUGAUUGCUAUCCAUCAUUCAGCAAUGUUUUUACGUGAUACGUCUCCAUUCGCAGGCAAAAUGCGUUCCCGGAUAUCAAAAAUAAGUGACCACGAGUUAGCGGAAUGCCUAUUAAAUUAUUCACCACCUGUAAAUAAUUAA